UGUUGUUUGUGAGUACACACACUUUUCCACAGCUCAAACCCCUGCAGACACAGCCGCCAACAUGAGAGAGUUCAAGAGCAAGGACUUCUGGAGGGCUGUCCUGGCUGAACUGGUUGGCAUGACCCUUUUUAUUUUCCUCAGCUUGGCCACUGCUAUCGGGAACACGAACAACCAAAACCCGGAUCAGGAGGUGAAGGUGGCUCUGGGCUUCGGACUGGCUAUUGCCACGCUGGCUCAGAGUUUAGGCCACAUCAGCGGAGCCCACCUGAACCCUGCGGUCACUCUCGGGAUGCUCGCCAGCUGCCAGAUCAGCGUGUUGAAAGCCGUCAUGUACAUCAUUGCACAGAUGCUGGGUUCUGCUCUGGCCAGUGGUAUUAUGUAUGGAGCACGUCCGAGCACUAAUGGCUCGCUGGGGCUCAAUUCUCUCAACGGUGUCACUCCCAGCCAAGGCGUGGGCAUCGAGCUCCUGGCAACCUUCCAGUUGGUGCUGUGUGUCAUUGCAGUCACUGAUAAAAGGCGGCGUGAUGUCACCGGCUCAGCACCCUUGGCCAUUGGCCUCUCGGUCUGCCUUGGACACUUAGCAGCGAUCAGCUACACAGGCUGCGGCAUCAACCCUGCUCGCUCCUUUGGUCCGGCUUUGAUCCUGAACGAUUUCACAAACCACUGGGUUUACUGGGUGGGGCCAAUGUGCGGCGGUGUAGCAGCAGCCCUCAUAUACGACUUCCUGCUGUCUCCCAAAUUUGACGACUUCCCCGAGCGUGUUAAGGUCCUGGUUAGCGGCCCUGUCGGCGACUAUGAUGUCAACGGAGGCAACGACACUACAACUGUAGAGAUGUCGUCAAAAUAGUCCCCAAACAACCCCAAAUACUUAGUCCUACUGAACCUGUUUAUACUCCUGUAAAAAGAAAAGAGGCUCUUAAAUAUAGUUGAGUGUUUGUGCUUUUUUGAAAUGCCAAUGAGGAAUGUUCUAGUGGGCCAGUUAGCAUCUCUUUCUAACACACUCCCAUGUUUGACUCCCACACACAAAAUUUCCCCCAGUGACACGAAAGAGAGGAGGUUGGGAGAUUUUUUUGGAGCAGCCGGUUGAAAUUUUGUCCUCAUAUCAGUAUUCCAUGAUGAGCCAUGUUUUGUAUUCUCUUUGUGCCUGUAUCUCUUAUUUUUCUGAUGAGUAAUGUAUUAUAUGUUCACUCUUGAAUUGUCUCUCACUUUUUUAAGUAAAUAAAAGAUUUGUUGUUAUA